CAACAGCCUUGGAGAAUUGUUUGAUAAUGGCGGACGCAAGUUGAGUGAACACAAUCCUCUCACGUUCAGUCGGAUUCAGUUACUCAGAGUGAAGUUACUGUUUUAAAAAAGUGUUAAUCAUGGAAAUUGACAUUCAAAACGAAUUAAAUAGGGACGGAAUUGUUUUCUAUUCUGUUUUAUACUCCAGUGUUACCGUCAUUUUUGCAUUUGCCGUUCUCUCAAAAUUCUUAACGAACGAGUUCAGGUUUGGCUUUCGAUCAUUUCUUAGUUUGGUGACACUUUUCCUUGGUGAACCGUUAUGUCAAUUUCUUGUCGAAGGACCGAGUGGACUCGUGGUGUUUUCUCUGGGGUGUUUAAUCAUUUAUUACAUUCUACCAGCAAGCCAUCUACCGAUUAAAAAUCGUUCAGUGCUUAUCACAGGUUGUGACUCUGGCUUUGGCCAUGCGUUGACCAUCAAACUAGAUAGCUUGGGAAUUCAAGUGUUCGCUGGAUGCUUAGAAGACAGGGGGCCAGGAGCAUUGGAAUUAAAAAACAGAUGUUCAGAUAGGCUUCACAUCUUGAAGUUAGAUGUCACUAACUCUAAAGACAUUGCAGAAGCUUCCAACUAUAUAAAAAGCCGUGUGGGAGAAGAAGGCCUGUGGGGACUGGUCAACAAUGCUGGUGUGUGGUGUUUUGCGGAGCUGGGGAUGACCUCCGAGACGAUCGUCCAGAAAGUUAUGGACGUCAAUUUGUUUGGUGCCGUCCGUAUGACCCGGGCCGUGCUGCCGCUGAUCAAGCAGGCCCAGGGCAGGAUAGUCAAUGUGUCCAGUUUGCUGGGUCGCAUCUCCGUGGAGGGCUGUGGGGCCUACAGCAUGUCCAAACACGCGCUUGUCGCGUUCACCAACACGCUGAGGAUGGAGAUGAAGAAGUGGGGGGUCUGUGUCUCGCUGGUGGAGCCCACGGGAUAUUUCACAGGAGUCAUGCAGGAGCAUUCUCUACAGAGGAAGAAAGAGGAGCUGUGGUCUGCAUUGGAUGAAGAAACCAGACAAAUCUACGGCAAAGAGUACUUCGACUCCGCCUACGCUCACAUUCUGACCCACGCUCAGUCGUACCCCCGCGACCUGAGCCCAGUAAUCCGCUGUCUGCGGAGCGCCCUGCUGUCCAAGCGGCCGCGGGAGAGGUUCCCCUGCGGCGGGGGGGCCGAGAUCCUCAUGUGUGUCUACCCACUGCUGCCAGUGUGGAUGGCCGACUGCGUCUCCAGUAGCAUUAAUCUCGUGCCCAAACAGCUGAGGCCCCAGGCACUGAGCGGGAUGACGACCAGAUGAUGAGAGGGGAGGGGAUUACACAGCAGGAAGGGGUUGAGGGGGGGGCGGGGGUAGGGAGAGGACUGUCUCUCUUACUCUCGUACACUCCCACCCCCUGCAUUGAUGGCCAGAGAAUGAGAGGGGAUUACACAGCAGGAAGCGUUGGGGGGGGGGGUAUUGUCUCUUUUACUCUCCCGCCCCCUGCAUUGAUGACCAGAUGAUGACUGGGGAUUACAGAAAGAAGGAGAGGGGGGAUUUUGACUCUCUCAGAAUGCUGUACAUUUGGGAUGGAGUUCAACAACAUUCAAUUGUCUCUCCGCCCCGCCCCCCUACCCCACCUCCAUGUGAACAAGGUGACAUUCAUUGAGCUGCCCACUUGGAAGAGGAACAAUGUGGUUGUUUUUUGUUUUUUUCUGAUAUGCGAUAAAGACAAUGAAUUAUAAAGCACGUGGGUCAACUUAAGUUUGUGAACCAAUUUUUCCAACGUUCAGUUGUAAAAGCAUCUUUCCGGGGUCGAUAACAACAAAGCAUCUUUCCCUUACAGAGUCUUCUGUUGUAUUUGACCGCUGUGAUUGGUUUGACGGUGCCUGUAUGGGAAUCUUCUUCUUAAUUAUCCCUUUGGUACGUCUUGUCUUUCUUUCCUUGCAUUUUCCGAGUGCACAGUGGCAAUUGUCCAAGCAACAUGCAGGUGGUUUGAGAGUGCCACUGGCAGGUCCUACUUCUUUUUUUUUUUUCCCUCUUGUUUCUGCCCGUCUGCCUAUCUGUCUGUCUAUCUGUCUAUCUUGCCUUUUCCCCUGCUUGAAAUGAUCGUUGUUGUGGCGAUGUGCUUCUCUUUUCUUAAACGGUCAAAACAAGCCUCUCAACAUGCCUCUCUUUCACCAAUUAACAACAUUUGAAUAAAAUGAUAUAACAGCAUUUAGUUGCUUGGUUUUUAUACCAUGACAAUGAUUUUAUCACUCAGUUUUUCACUUGUUGGUCUUAGUCAAUGUGUAAGACUGUGGACAUCAGCCAAAGCAAUCUCUUCUUGUCUUUCAGUCUAUUUGUUUUUGGGUUGUUGUUUUUUUUUCUUUGUUUCUUUCUAUUGUUGUGCUCAGAUAGGAAGAACUUGCUGGACGUCCAAGCUGCUACUACUUGAGUUGUUGGAGGAUGAUAUUUGCGGGUCCUACUUUUAUUAUUUCACUCCUUUUGUUUCUGUCUGUCUUUCUUGCUUUUUUUCCUCUGGUAGGUCGUUUUUCUUUACUAUACAUUUCUGUCUGUCUGUCUGGGUGGCUCCAUUGGGUAGCUCUUUACUAAUACUAAUACUAUACUAUACUUUUGCGGUUUUUGUCUGUCUGUUUUGCUUUUUCACAAGCUAAACAACUGUUAACCUAUGAAUGAGCUUGAAAAUGUGUUCUUUUAUCAAAAGACUGUAAAUGUGUUCUUUUAUCAAAAUAUUGUAAAUGUGUUUGAAUGUGGAAAGGAAUUUCACUUUGUUUUAUUGGCUGGGAAAAAAA